ACCAUGUAGUAUUACCGGUAUACCACCGGAGUCGGCAGACUCUGGCGCUAGUUUGUGAAAUGAGCAGCAUUCAUUUUGGGCCUGGCUCUGGAGCAACCCGGAAAGGGAGACCGUUCCUGGUGACAGUGGUGACCUGUCGAGCCCGUGGUGUCGGGACUGCGGUGACGGUCGUUGGUUGUUGCAAUAGGCCGCAUGCCACAAGAAUCAGUAUUUGACUUGCAUCGUCUAAGCGUCGCAUUCUUGAGCAAUGGCACAUGCUGUCUCUGACAAGAAAUUGAAGAAGGGCGCCAGGGUUGCAGAAAAGGUCGAUGAGGAUUGCCCACUUCAACCUGCAUCAUGUACUCUUAUGAACCCGCAUCCUCACCUUGUCAAAACUCCCUUUAAUGAGGAACAAAAAGGCAGGGUUGCAAGGCUUAGUGGCCAUCAUGUCAGAGAUGGACAGUCGGUGGGCUGAGAGUGUUGUGAGAACUGAAGAGGACAUUUGGCCAGAGAAAGACAUUCUCAUGUGGGAAUCUGUUGUGAGCUCUUAUGAGCUUGUACUUCAGAGACGAAAAAUCAAAAUCAAGCCAGUCACGCGGAAGGAACGGCUUCGGAUACUGCGGCAAUGCCACAAGUUCUACACGGCAGACUACGGUCCUUUCGAUCAGAUGCAGCUGGAGCGACUCGUUCACGAAAGCUGCCAGGCCAUUUACGAGGAGCGCAAGUACGUGCUUCAGGAGGCAGUCAAUAAAACCAAGGCGCUGCUAGCCUUAGUAGAGUUUUGCCAACUCUGCAGAAAGCACAACGUAGGGUUCCGACAUUGUGGCAGAUGUAAAGCUGUGAAAUAUUGUAGUGAAAUGUGUCAGAAGGAAGAUUGGAACAGGGAGCGAGGACAUAGGGCUGUAUGUAAUGCCAUUCAAAGGGGUGACCUAAGACCAGAGAAUGUCCUACGGUUGAAAAUAAACAGCAUAACACCGGCGCAUGCCGCUAAUGCUCUUGUUCCUAUGUACUGGGUUACUUAUACGGCCGUUCGAGAGAGUUAAAGAAGCUGCGGGUUUAAGAUUGCACCGGAUUGUCAGUAAGUCACUGCACCAGGUUGCCACUUGCAACCACUACCGGUUGAUCCCUGUUAUCGCCUGAUAUGCGCCCUUUAAAUGCACAGUACCG